UUGGUCAUGCAAGCUAACAACUCCUUCUUGAAGCAGAAGAGAGGCUGGCUGGGAAUCUUCAUUCUUUCUGAAGUCCAGAAGAAUCCCAGGACCCUACAGAGAAGCAUCGGAAUAACCUGCUGCACUUAACAAAAUGGAAGAUUCACCUGUUGGCAUGGAUUUAAGCAAUUGUCGGGAACAGCCAGAAUCUACAGAUGUUAAGGAUGUUCGGGAUGACAGCAAUUCCAAUAUAUCCCAUGAAACGGAAAAUAUGAGCAACAGUGAAGAUGCAAAGGAAUAUCAUUUGACUAAUGGAAGAGGAAGAGAAGUCUUAGAAGAUGACUUGUCUACAGUCAAAGGGGAACACAGUGAAAAAGAAGAUGAUGUUUUGAAAUCUGAAGCAAUGGAAACCCGAGUAGAGCCUGGGAUCCUUUAUAACCGCUUGCAGGAGUAUGCCGAAUAUGACAGUGUUGAACUAGAGAGGCAUGCUGGGCCAUAUGACCUCGUCAGGCCAACUGGUGGAAAACUAAAUUGCGACAUUUGUGGAUUGGGCUGCGUUAGCCUCAACGUCUUGAUGGUUCACAAACGCAGCCACACUGGAGAGCGACCUUUCCAUUGUAACCAGUGUGGAGCCUCCUUUACUCAGAAGGGCAAUCUUCUCCGUCAUGUUAAACUUCACACUGGGGAAAAGCCAUUCAAAUGUCACCUUUGUAGCUAUGCCUGCCAAAGGAGAGACGCACUCAGUGGUCACUUAAGGACACAUUCUGUGGAGAAACCAUUCAAGUGUGAAUUCUGCGGACGGAGCUAUAAGCAAAGAAGUUCAUUGGAAGAACACAAAGAAAGAUGUCGAACUUAUCUGCAGAAUGCUAGCCUCAAUGAAGCUGAAUCUGCGGAAGGAAGGCACAGCAAAACUGAAAUGGGAACUGAACGGGCCCUUGUCCUGGAUCGCUUAGCGAGCAAUGUAGCCAAGCGGAAAAGCUCCAUGCCGCAGAAAUUUGUUGGUGAGAAACGCCCCAACUUUGAAGUGAAUUAUAGCUCUAAUUUUGGGUAUGAGAAAGAAAGAGAUGUCAUGCUACAAGGAGGCAUGCUGGAUCAAGCCAUCAACAAUGCUAUUGGCUACCUUGGGGUAGAUGCCCUGCGCCCAAUUGUGCAGACGCCAGCAGCCCCAACCUCUGAGAUGGUGCCUGUGAUCAGCAGCCUGUAUCCGCUGGCACUCACCCGCACUGAAGUGAUCACCAGUAACUCACAAGAGGUAGAAAAGAGCCACAUCAUCCAUCUGAGAGACAAGGCUAGUUCUUCUGACAGAGGCCUUUCUCCAAACAAUAGUGGCCAGGACUCCACAGAUUCGGAUAGCAACCAAGAAGAACACCAGUCACAUCCCUAUCAUCACAAUCAAGCAGUCUCCCCUGCUCUGCAGGCUCGAAAUGGGCUUCUGACCUACAAGGAAUACCCCAGAACAUAUGACAUCUUCAGGUCACCAACCAUUUGUCCCCGUGAUGUCUUGAAGGUCUUCAACAAGGAAGGUGAACCCAUUGGCGUCUAUCGAUGCGACCACUGCCGUGUCCUCUUUCUGGAUUAUGUCAUGUUCACCAUCCACAUGGGAUGCCAUGGCUUCCGUGACCCUUUUGAAUGCAAUGUGUGUGGGCACAGGAGCCAGGACAAAUAUGAGUUCUCCUCCCACAUAGUCCGUGGUGAGCACCGAAUGGGGCUGAAAUGAGAAGGGAAUGCUUCCUUCAUUUUCUGGGAGAUGUCACACACAUUGAUGUGGCAGAAUCAAGACAGUCUGAAACCAGCUUGAAAAGUACUAUGUGACCUCCCUUCAAAUCUUAGAAUUUUAUGAGAAUAUUGCCAUCUGAAUAGUUUUGAAGAUUUUUCACCUUCU